AAGCUUCCCCGGCUUUCCGGACGGUUACGGCUGCCCUUCUUCCGCAAGAGCCCAGGCAAAGCCCCAGCAAAUGGACACAAUGUUGAAACAGACCUGACACAGUUCUUGCAACACGGAGCCCAACCGGGGAUGCCCACCUUACACAAGCUUCUUCUGAAGCAAUACGCUACGGGGCCCCCAGUACCAGGACAUCACGGAUUCCCACAGGCAAGCCACAUGUACCCGACCGUGCACCCACACAUGCAUCAGCCGUUCGGAAUGCCUCGACUUCCACCGCCAGGCAUGCGGCCUUACGGCCCUCCAGUGUUUCCGAUUCCUGGCCACAUGGGCGCUGGCUAUCCGGGACCGAUACGGCCGUUCUACGGAAAGCCAAACGGGAUGAUGGGCGGUCUUCCACCCCCGCCGCCUUACGCUAUCAUGCCCCCACCACCUCGGCCUCCUCCUCCGCCACCCCCGCCGAUGAAGCCUCAAAAACGACACCCAGCGUCCCCGAACGUAGUGUUUGCAGACAAAGAACCGCAAGCGAGCUCCAACUACGACUCUGGAGAAGAUGACACCCCAAUCAUUAUCCGUGGCCGCAAGAAUCACCACGGAAAGAGAAGGCGACCAAUCGUGAUCGAGGAAGACGUCUCGAGCGAAGAAGACGACGGGAGGCCUAUCGUGGUUCGUGGCCGGAAGCCCUACCGCGCGCAUACGAGGAGGCCCGUGGAUGAACAGGACGACCAGCUGUUUAACAGCCGGAAGAGGCCGGUUACGUACAUCGAGGAACUGCCCGAAGGACGGCCAUUCGGGACCCGCAAUUACGAAGACGACAUAUCUAAGCCUUCGGAAAGCCUCAUGGACGACAUGACCUCCGGAACCAGGAGCUUCCUUCGCUAUCCGACAAGCGCAAGUCGCUUCUUUCAACCGGAAGGAAGCAGAUUCGAUAACAUCAUGGCUUCGGAACAGAGGACAAACAUGAGGGCCGCUGGGAAUUUGGGCUUCUAUACGGGGUCCCCGGGAAUGAUGCACGAGCUGAACCACCUCUUCGCACAGCACAGGCAACAUGGAAUGCACAGAUUUUCGGAGGACCCGAAAAUGGUACUGUCGCCACAUCUGGACAGCACGCAGUCCAUGGGUGAUCGCAACGAGAACUCGCACCUGUUUCCCAAUCAGUUAGAGACCCAACCUAUCAAAGAGCUUGCACCACUUGUCUUCCACCUUCCUGGCAAGGGUCCGUCAAACCCUGACAAAUAUGUGCAAGCCCUCAUUGUACCAAUACAAGGCAACCUGAACCAAAUGGCUGACGAAACUUUAGACAAGGGAGGAAGCAGUGGGAUCCACUUUAACCCAAUGGAAGUCAAGGUCACCGAAAGCCCUGGAGGACAGUCCUUCGUAAUUAUGCCACCAAGAGAUGAUCCCUUAGGCGGGAAGCUCAAACAAUCUGGUAAGACCAUGGAAACAUACGACCGGGAUGGAGCUUCUAAACAAACUGGCCCAAUUGCGGCGCAGUCCUUCUUGCCAUUAACAUAUGUGAGGCCACCUCCUCUGCUCGAGUCGAAUGACAACAGCCUACAGCAUUCCUAUCAACCAAACUACCCACAGCCAACAGCUAUUCGCAUUGUUGUGAGGAACCCUGUGGAUGGAACCAGCAGAGAAGUGUUCUCGACAAGCAUAAACACAGGGGGACCUUACGUGCCACAGGCAAAUGAGCCAAACUCUCAACUUGUCCGAACACGUCACAGGGAAGGUGGAGAGCAGAAAAAAAGCAAAGUGGUCAUCAUUGCCAUCCCAAGAAAUGAUCAGGGUGGAGCAUCACCACAAGCUCCAAACUCUAGGUCGAGCACAAUUGUCAAUACGUAUUACCAGCCUACAGAGGCAAACCAUUUUCAGCCAUUGCAUCAGUCAAACACGGCACCGGGUGCCCCACCCCAGUACAUAGAUCAGCAAACAAAACUUCAGUAUGUCGUGCCAAAAAUUCCCUACUCCAUUCCAAUUCCCACAACCUCUUCACAGAUCAUCACAUCCUCUAGUAGUAGCAAGCGAAAAGCUGCAGCAAGUUCUGCGGUCAACUCUGUAAAAACUGCACAUGGCACAGCAGGCUCUUCCUACUAUCAAAUGCCAUCACCUCUGGAUGUCUACAGCUCAAAGCAGAAUUCACAGCAUACAACAUACUCCUCAAAGCCAUCUCACAGCACGGAUGGCUCCUCUAGCUACUCUUAUCAAAGGCAUAAUCCCGCUCAAGUGGCUUCAUCUGGAGAGAAGUCUUCUGGACAGCGCCGGUCAUCAGUCACAUUGCAGCAUGCAAAACGGAAACACUCGUCUGCCAUCGACAGCUCCCUGGGUGAACUUCAGUACAUGUCCAGCUACUCAAGCAUGGCAAGCGGCCCCGGAACCAGCUAUCCACCACACUCCGAGGUGCCAGAGAUGAGCUUCACCUGCUAUGACAGAGCUCCUGGAUUCUAUGCCGACAUGAAAGAAGGAUGCCAGGUGUAUCACCAAUGCAGCAGCAGUGGGGCACAGCAGAGCUUCCGGUGCCCCAACGGCACCGCCUUCAACCAACGGUCGUCCAUGUGCGAGUGGUGGUACAACGUCGACUGCGCUGUUCCCAAGGAUGCCACCUUGCUUCAGAGUGCCGGGCACGAGCCCUCUUACUCGGACUACAAAUGGACCCAGACCGUGCGAAACACGGCCAGCCCUCCUGCACCCCUCCACGUGAGCACCACGAGAGCGCCGCACCCUCCGACGUACAGCAGUUCCAUGAGCUUCAGCGUCGCAGAACCAGCCUCCGACAAUCCGCAGAUGCUCGCGUCUUAUGGAAGCGGAAUACCAAACUACAACUCUGCAAGGGUUUCGGCACAGACUUCCGGAUCGCAUAACAGGACGGCUUCCGUCCAGCACACAGGACAGAAAGUGCUGAGAACGCGGAAGCUGGUGUCCAAGAUAAGGGCCCCGCUGGGCUCCACGCCCGACAAGAGCCAAGCGAGACACCGGAACCCGAAUCCGACCACGACGCAGUCACCAGACAUCACGGCAGCCGCAGCCAAGUAAAAUGAGCGCUGGUUCCGUUCCCGGUGGUGACAAUCAGUUUGGACCAAUCCCCCCCCCCCCACCUCAUGUUGUGCCUCGUAACAUCCUCCCAGCGCGCGCAGCCAUGGCCUCUGUCUGCUGGGCUUGACAGGGCACACUGGCUGCAUCUUCUGUACAUAAAGUGUUAAUUCCUAAGCUCCCAGGAUAAAGAGCAGCUGAAAUAAAAUAAAAACAUAUUUAAUUGAAGCGGCAAA